GUCCACGUUGUCCACACCAUCUAAGCAUCAAUCAGGAUUUUAAAAUCUCGUUGAAUCCCCACCAUAUUCUUCUCCCUCCUCUUCUUUCACACAUCACCGAAAAAAAUAAAUAAAUAUUUUAAUCAACCUAUACAUACACAAUAUAUACACACCCCCCGUACCUCCCCUAUAAAUCAACGAACUGGUUCUCCUCCAUUCCUCUCUCUCUCUCUCUCUCUCUCUCUCUCUCUCAUCAUUCCUCUCUCGCACCGCCUUCUCGGACCGCAGCAGGUUAAAUAAUAAUAAUGGGGAGUUUGGGGGCGAUGUUGAGGCACCCGGACGACGUGUACCCGCUGCUGAAGCUGAAGAUGGCGAUGAAGCACGCGGAGAAGCAGAUUCCGCCGGAGCCUCACUGGGCCUUCUGUUACACCAUGCUUCACAAGGUCUCUCGGAGCUUCGGCCUCGUGAUUCAGCAGCUCGAUACCAAUCUCCGCAACGCCGUAUGCAUUUUUUAUUUGGUUCUUCGAGCCCUCGACACUGUUGAGGAUGAUACAAGCAUAGCUACAGAGGUUAAAGUACCUAUUCUGAUGGCUUUUCAUCGUCAUAUAUAUGAUCGUGACUGGCAUUUUUCAUGUGGUACAAAGGAAUAUAAGGUUCUCAUGGAUGAGUUCCAUCAUGUUUCAACUGCUUUUUUGGAGCUCGGAAGAAAUUAUCAGGAGGCAAUUGAGGAUAUAACUAUGAGAAUGGGUGCGGGAAUGGCAAAAUUUAUAUGCAAGGAGGUUGAAACAAUUGAUGACUAUGACGAAUAUUGUCACUAUGUAGCAGGACUUGUGGGGUUGGGAUUAUCAAAGCUUUUCCAUGCCUCUGGGUCCGAAGAUUUGGCAUCAGAUUCUCUCUCCAAUUCAAUGGGCUUAUUUCUUCAGAAAACAAACAUCAUCCGAGACUAUCUGGAGGACAUAAACGAGAUACCAAAGUCGCGCAUGUUUUGGCCUCGCCAAAUUUGGAUUAAAUAUGUCCACAAACUUGAGGACUUAAAAUAUGAGGAAAACUCAGUCAAAGCAGUGCAGUGCCUAAAUGACAUGGUCACAAAUGCUUUGAUACAUAUGGAGGAUUGCCUGACAUACAUGGCGGCUUUGCGAGAUCCUGCUAUCUUCCGAUUUUGUGCAAUCCCACAGAUAAUGGCAAUUGGAACCUUAGCUUUAUGCUACAACAAUGUUGAAGUCUUCAGAGGUGUCGUCAAAAUGAGGCGUGGUCUUACCGCUAAAGUUAUUGACCGGACAAGCACCAUGUCAGAUGUUUAUGGAGCUUUCUUCGAUUUUUCUUGUAUGCUGAAGUCAAAGGUUGACAAGGAUGAUCCAAAUGCUACAAAGACAUUGAGCAGAAUAGAUGGAAUUCAGAAAACUUGCAGGGAGUCGGGAACCCUAACUAAAAGGAAAUCUUACAUAAUCAAGAGCGAGCCCAGAUACAAUUCGACUCUGAUUUUCGUACUUUUCAUUAUUCUCGCCAUACUGUUCGCAUACCUAUCUGCAAACCGACCAACAGAUAUGUGAAGAAAACAUGAUCUAAAUCCUAAGGAUCCCGUUGCACGACUGUUGAAAAUAUCGCCAUGAAGAUGUCACUUCAUAGUUUCUGAACGCCAUUUAAAACUCCGGGUGGUUGGUUCGCCAAACAGGAUGAGUUCAGCCACCUAUUAUUGUAUCGUUUUUGUAUUGUUUUUCCUACUUUGUGAACCAGUUUGCAGGAAUGCCCCUCUGAAAUAAUGUAAUUGUCACAUAGCUAUUACUUUGGUGUGAGCUUGUUUUAGAUGUCAAUUGUUAAUUGGAAAUCGCAAUACUACGUACUUGAAGAUGAGAAGCAUUUAUGAAUCAAAGCUAUUACCUUGAGCGAAAA